AUGGGCAUGGGAGUAGGCGACGACGGGCACGGCGGCGGCAUGGAUAGAGACGCGUGGCUGCAAGAGAGAGCACACGGACCUGGCAAGGACCGUGGAACCCGCCGCGACGCCGGAGUGUUCCGCUCUCCAAAAGAGCGAGAGCGGCACCGGGAUGAGAGAGGCCGUUGCCGAGGUUUCGGGGAACGUCCCCGGGAACGGGGAGGAGGCAUGGGUGGCGACGACCAAGUGGGGAUCCUGCAAGAGAACGCAACACAGGACGUGGCAGCGGAGCGAGGCGUGGAAGAAGAUGAGGAGCACCCGGGGCUGCAGGUCAAGGAGGCCGAUGAAGGAAAUGACGGCGACGACCAGGCAGUGGGAACGGGUGAGGCUGAACUCGCGCAGGCAGAUGAGAGCGCUGGCGCGAGCCAGGCGGCAGCCGAAGAAUUGAGGGCCGCGCCGCAAGAAGCGCGCACCGAGACGUCAGCCAGGCUUCAUGGCAAGGGGAAGGCAGAGCGGUCGCGCACGCCGGAGAAGGAUCCGCACCAUGGAGAAUGGCGCGUAGGCGACUUCCGCCCGUAUGGAAGGCGACAGGAGUAG